AUGGUGAGAAAAAGUAAAGGUCGCCAAAAAAUAGAGAUGACGAAAAUGAAAAACGAAAACAAUCUUCAGGUCACUUUCUCAAAAAGAAGAUCGGGUCUUUUCAAAAAAUCUAGCGAGCUUUGCACGCUCUGUGGUGCUGAAAUCGUGAUUAUUGUAUUCUCACCUGGGAAGAAGGUUUAUUCUUUUGGUCAUCCAAAUGUUAAUCAUGUAAUUGAUCGCUUCUUAAACAUUAAUCCACCACAUCCUCAUCAACACAACGACAUGCAACUUAAUGAAGCUCAUCGAAAUGCAGUCGUACGAGAUCACAACAAUCACCUUACCCAGGUCACAGAGGAAUUUGAAGUAGAGAAGAAAAAGAACGAUGACCUAAAGAAAAAGAAAAAAGAUAGUAAAAUGCCCAGGAAUUGGUGGGAAGAACCUAUAGAAAAAUUCAACUUAAGCCAACUCACUGAAUUCAAAAGUGGUUUGGAAAAAUUGAGAAAGAUGGUGACUGCUGAAGCCUCCAAGUAUCUUCAAGCCAUUGUUCCGCAUCAUAAUCUAUAUGUUGGAAGUUCAAGUAAUGCUACUUUUGGGAUAUCUGAUGAUGAUGGUAAUAUCAACACUGAUCUAGAUAUGUAUAAUCAUCAAAGAAUGUUGGGAAUGAACACAUUCGCUUGCAAUCAUCACAACAUAGUUCCUCAUUACUCUACAACACUGUUUGGGAAUAAUGGUAAUAAUAAUAUUACUGAAGGAUUCGCUCCAGAAUACAAUCAGAAUCGGAAUGAACCAUGCUUCAAGCAAGAACACAUUUCCGAAUCCGACCAUCAUCAAGAUUGUCCUCCUCACUUUGGACAUGGUUACUACUAA